UCCAUGCCCUUUCAUUGAAGCAACCGUUGCAGCUUUACGGAGACUUUGAGAGAGAAAGUAGAGAGAGAAAAUGGAGGGCAAGGAAGAGGAUGUGAAGCUCGGAGCAAACAAGUACUCAGAGAGACAACCCAUUGGAACAGCAGCUCAGAGCCAGGACAAGGACUACAAGGAGCCACCUCCUGCUCCAUUGUUUGAGCCUGGUGAGCUCCAGUCAUGGUCGUUUUGGAGGGCUGGGAUUGCAGAGUUCAUAGCCACCUUUCUCUUUCUAUACAUCACCAUUUUGACUGUGAUGGGUGUGAAGAAAGAGACAACCCUCUGCUCUUCGGUGGGUAUUCAGGGGAUCGCCUGGGCUUUUGGUGGCAUGAUCUUCGCUCUGGUUUACUGCACUGCUGGGAUUUCAGGUGGGCACAUCAACCCUGCAGUGACCUUCGGGCUUCUUCUGGCGAGGAAGCUUUCUCUCACUAGAGCUGUGUUUUACAUGGUGAUGCAAUGCCUUGGUGCCAUUUGCGGAGCUGGGGUGGUGAAAGGGUUCGAAAAGAGUCAAUACCAGGUGCAUGGAGGCGGAGCUAACAGGGUGCAAAACGGCUACACCAAGGGUGACGGCCUCGGUGCCGAGAUCGUCGGGACCUUUGUGCUCGUUUACACCGUCUUCUCUGCAACUGAUGCCAAGAGGAGCGCAAGAGACUCCCAUGUUCCUAUAUUGGCUCCUCUUCCAAUUGGGUUUGCGGUGUUCCUUGUUCACCUCGCCACCAUCCCCAUCACUGGAACUGGGAUCAACCCAGCUCGCAGCCUCGGAGCUGCCAUCAUCUUCAACCGAGACCAAGCCUGGGACGACCAUUGGAUUUUCUGGGUGGGUCCCUUCAUUGGAGCUGCUCUUGCUGCUGUUUACCACCAAAUUGUGAUCAGGGCCAUUCCCUUUAAAUCCAGAUCUUAAACAUAGCCUCAAAAUUUGCAGAAGUUGUUGGGCAUAGCCUCAAAAUUUGCAGAAGUUGUUGGGUUUCCUUUCAUUUUGGUGACUUUUCUCUCUCCACUGAUCUCUAAAGAGUUGCAGGCUUUGUGUAAAUGCAAAGGGGAGACGUGUAGGUUUUGUUUUGUUCGCCUCUCUUCCCGGUUAGUGUGUGUGGUCUGAAUCUAUGUAAAUGUCAGCUACUCUCUCUCUCAUCCAUCAAUAAUUGUGAACGUUUGGUGGUGGUGCUUUAUCAUGAGGAGAGCCUUAUUUUUAUAUAUUGAUCUAUGCAUG